AUGAAGCCCUCACUUUUGUUCCUGGGCGCGGGCCUCACCCUUGCUUUCCGCGAGUCCAAAGUCAUCUCCUCGAGCUCCGGCGAGAUCUGCAUCUCCUCCCAGCUCCUCGCCGCCUCCUCCAGCAACCCCAUUUGCCGCAACAAGGAUGGCGGCGUCGAUCUCCUGGGCGGCCGCGGGGACCAGUUCCCCUUCGCGGCGGGCACCUCGUCCGCACAUUCGGCCCCGUCGUCAGACUCCAUCUGGACGCACACCUCGCCCUGCUUCAGGAACGGCACCGAGGCCCCCGAGUUCUGCGUCUACCACGCCGGCAACUACGGCGGCAAGGGCAUCUCCAUCAUCACUGACGUCGACCGCGCCGCCCACAUCACCCGCAGCUGGGGCUUCACCAAGCCCGAGGAGCUCGAGGGCACGAACCAGCCCUUGCCCAAGUUCGAGGUCGCCAAGGUGCCCGGCAAGGACUAUGGUCUGGUGGCCACGCUGCCCAUCAAGCGCGGCGAAAUCAUCCUGCGCGAGACGGCGAGCCUGCUCAUUGACUAUGCUGCUUUCGGCCACAUUCCCGUCGACGAGAUGAAGAAGAUGCAGGCGCACGCCGUCGAUUCCCUCCAGUUCAAGCACCGCAGCCAGUGGCUCAAUAUGUCCAGCCACGGGUACCAUGGCGACCACCUCUCCAUGGUCGACAAGAUUCUCGUGACCAACUCGUUUGACGUCGAGAUGGACGACGCGAUGCGCGACGACGACUUUUACGCCGUCUUUGUGAACACGUCCCGCAUGAACCACGACUGCCGCCCCAACGUUGACUACUGGUUCGACCCGCGCACCCUCACCCAGCGCACCGUAGCCAUUCGCGACAUCAUCCCGGGCGAGGAGCUCACCCUCUCCUACAUUGACCCCAUGCAGACCCGCGCCGCCCGCCGCGAGCGCCUGCACUCCACCUGGGGCUUCCACUGCUCCUGCCACCACUGCAUGCAGCACCGCCUCAAGACGGACGAGUCGGACCGCCGCAUCGAGCAGAUUGCCUCGUUGCGCGAGGAGUUCAACGACUACACCCCGGCCUCCCGCGCUACACCGCAGAUGGCCGAGUUGCUCAUUUCGCUCUACGAGCAGGAGCACAAUUGGAGCCUGCUCACGGAGGCCUACACCCUGACCGCCAUCGAAUACAACGGCAUCGGCGAGCCGUGGCUGGCGACAAAGUACGCGCGCAUGGCGGUCGAGUACGGGCUCACCACGCUGUGGGAGGGCCACGGGGACGUCGUUGAGAUGUCGAAGCUCGCGGAGGACCCCUGGAGCCACUGGAGCUGGAUGCUGAGAACGCGCAAGAGGUACAGCUGGGGGCCGGGUCCCAAGAUUGAGCUAGACCUGGAUGACGAGGAGUAA